GGUGGGUGACGGUUAUUUACGUCGUUCGCGUUUGUUGAUAUUUCGGCUGUGGUUUAGGCCUCGUCUCUGAUUUUAGCUUUGUUUGGCACGGCCCCCGCACAGGCGGACGUCUUUGACAACAACCCCAGCACCUCACAAACUUAGCUGGUCAUAUAUACGUUCAUUAUUACUAAAUAGAUGAAACAUGAAUUAAAUAUAUAUGAAAGCAAUAUUAGUCAACAACUUAGGAACAUGGGUGAUCAUGUGGAAAAAGAUAGACAUACCCCUAUCAUGGGGCUGUCCGGAUCAAAAGCGAUUCCUGGAAUACUUGAAAGCGAAAGAUUCUAUGGAGUACACAUACCAAACAUAAGUCAUGAUGACUUCUUGCAUGUAUAUGAGGAUAAAACAGAGGCGAUGAAGGUUGUCAAGCACCAUAAAAAGUCAAGAUUUAAAGCUUUUAAACUGAGAUCGGAUGCUGUUGCGUUUGCUGUUCAUGGUUCUGAUUGUACUGUGCAAGAGGAGGGUGUCAGUACAAACAAUACUCCUUCUCAGAAUGAUGCUGAGAAACCUAGUCCUUUCAAAGGUCCAAAAUCACAAGAUAUGGUACAGUUACGUAGAGCCAUUGAAAGUGGGAAUUUUGAACUAGUUUCUAAAACGGUAUGGGAUAAUCCCCGUUUCCUCAUAAGUAGUGGAGAUACUCCAUCCAUUUUACAGGAAGGUUCGAGAUAUAAUGCUCUGCAUGUUGCUGCUAAAAGCAAAAAUGCAGCUAUGGCAGAUUUAAUUUUACAAACAGUGGGAAAUCCAUCAUUUCUACAAUUGUUGUAUGGAGAUGAAACUGUGCCCUAUGGAAAAUUAAGCUCAGCUGCUGAACGAUCAACUAUUCUUCUAGACCUUUAUUUGAAUACUCCUGAUAAAGGCAUGCAUGAAACUCCAUUGCAUUUUGCAUCAAAGUUUGGGGCUUUGUUAGUAGUCUCAACAUUAGUAUCAUAUUCUGAAUGUGAUAGAGAAACAAAAAAUAAAUUUGGUCAAAGACCCAUUGAUAUUGUAUGUGCAAGGUGUCCCAAUGCCUGUGAAGAACUAAAAUCUGAAAUAACUUCUCUUCUUCAAAAUGAUUAUUAUGUGCCGGUACUUAGAGCUGAAGACAAUACUCUGCAGCCAAUAAUUGGAACACCAUUUUCACCCAAAGAUCCCCCAAUUUUAAAUGGGGAUCCUUUGAGCCCACGUCUCGAAAUCCACGCAUUUGCCGGUCCUAUGAGCCAAUCUGAAGCCACAGAAUUUCAUCGUCUCUGGCGGACUCCUCAAAGAGUCAAGGGAAAUUCAUCAAGUGCUUUUGAACCAAAAAGCUGCCCAUCAACCUUUCGUCUCCAAGAUACUCAAAAGGGACUUGAAAGAGUGGGUCGGGAUCUUGCUGCUGUUCAUUCUGUUCCUUGGAAAGAAUAUUGGCCAUUCCUUAAUACAUUCACGGAUUUGUCAUCUAAUGAAGGUCUUGCUUUAUUAGAAGAGUAUCUUGCCAAGCGUUACCAAAUUGUGCAAAAUGUGCUUUUAGACCCUGGUGCCAGCAAUACUUCAAAAGUGUCAUCUUCACCAGAGAACUCAAUUCACGGGAUUGGUGAAAACCGCUCACUUGAUGAAACAGACACUGAGCCUGAAAUCUUGAGUCCUGUUACUCAAUUGUGCUCAAUGAUGAACGCUUGUACAAUUUUGGAUGAUUCAGUAGGCUCUGGUCUUGGUCGUGGCUCUCCCUUUACAUUAUCUCCUUCCCCUUCACACUCUCCAACUACAUCGCCCUCAAAUGGAAGUAUAUUGUCAUCCUCUGCCCGUUUCUUUGAUUGGCUUAGCAGGAAACGUCCAGAAAUUGAUAAAAAAGCAUCUGAGAACAGUCAAAAUGAGGCAAUCCUUUCAGCCUUGUCUAACCCCACAGUCAGCCCUUUUCUUUAUGUUGAAAAAUCUUUACAGCUAUUUGCAAAACGAAUUGCAGCUAGUUUACAUCAUGUAGUAACAGGAAAUACCUCUCAUAAUUUGAGUGAUUCUAUCAGAGAUGUUUUAAAACCAGAAGUCAAAAGAGUUCAGAGUCUUGUAAGUAGUUACCUGCAGGAUGCUCGGUUUGUAGCUGUAGAUUAUCAUCUAGUUCAUUCAAGAAUAGCCAGCAGUGUUGCAGAGAGAUUAGUUGAUCAGCUUACAUGGGAAGAAAGAGAAGUUUUUUACAAUAGUCUUCAGGACAUGCUUUCCUCAAAAGGACACCUUGAUGGUACUCUCUCUUCAGAUGAUGAUGACUCUGUUCCAUCUAAUACCUCAUACCGCCAACCAAGAUCAUCAAGGCACAUUCAUAAUUCCAAUCAAAAGACAGCCAUCCGUUGCAUCAUUUGUCAGAUGGUGUGGGCUUUAGACCAGUUACAAGGAAGUGGCCCGGAUGGCCGAUCUCCUUUACCACCUCGUCCUCAAGUUCGUACCGAGAGUGAGUGCUUAGAAAUGUGGUCUGAUGCAUAUCUUUGUCUUUGCUCAUGGCCUGCACACAACCAAAGCAAUUUCUCAAGAGGCUCUCGAAAGUCCUCAUCAAUGAAACGAUCAAUAAACAAUUCCCAGAGCCCUGAUAGCCAAAAUGUAUCCCGUCGACUAGAGUAUGAUUGUAAAGAUGACUUAAUCGAUGGGGAUCUUAAGCAGUGUAGUAUGGACACUCUCUCUGAUGGUGAAGACGAAUUGGACACAUUUUUUACUCCUCCAUCAUCUCCAAGAGGAAGUCCUGUUCCUGAAGAAGAAUCUGAUUCUGAUGAGGAUGAGAUGAAUGAUCCUGAAGAGGGUCCGACUGUAUUCAUUGAAGGCAAUACACCGUCUCACUUUGAUGCAGAUGUGUUAAAUGCAAUAAGCUUUUGUGACAUCAACCAAUCUGUCUAUCCUCACGUUUAUCGUUGGAGGCAUGAUAUCUCACUUUACCCUCUAGAAGAGCGAAAGAAAUGGAAAGCUCGAAAGACUGAUUGCCUCUCCGAAUCUCCCUCAUCUAACUGUUUGCCCAAAACAUCAAACUUAACGAGUACACCUGUACGCUCGGUGAAGGUAGACCUACUACCAACCACACCAUCUUGGUCUCGAAUCACUGGGUCCUAUUCUCCUCUUUUAAUCAAAAGUUGUAAGAAGGCAUAAACGUGCGGGAAAUGCAAAUUGCAUCAAGUAUUUUAUGAUUGUUUUAUGGAUUUUAUGUCUAAGAAAAAUGAGAGUCUCUCUUUCUUAUGUUAAAAGCGUUUUAUUUUGGAUAAUUCAAUACAAUGCCUCAUUGGACUUAAUUGAGAAUUGCAUGAAAAUCAGACCUAACUUUUGUAAAUGUAGAAUGUAGUAGAGGGGCAAGCAUUUUUAAACCUGCUGAUUCUUAGUUCAGGUUCUAAAAUCCUUAAACUAUGACAGUUACUUGGAUGCCAAAAGGAUUGGAAAAGUUUCCCUCUACUGUAAUUAUUAUUGUGCAGGCCUGAUAUAAGCCCCCCCCCCCCCCUUUUUUGUUUCCCAAAAAUUUGUCAAUGAGAAAAAAAGGGGGGGAUAUGCCCAAUUUACUUUUCCCACAAAAAACAUUAAACACAGUUCUAUUAACAUCAUCUUCUAUUAUGUAAUUGUUCAUUAAGUGCUCUUGUCACUUUGGAAUAUUUAUAUAUUCCUUUAUGAUGUUCUGUUUUAUAGCAGGUUUCUUCUCCCUGAUGUACUUACAUAUUGUAAAUAUAUAGUAUUGUAUUCUAAGCAUUAAAAAGGAAACAUUGCUAAAUACUGCUGUAUUUAUGUAAAAUGAAGCAGGACUUCUUUAGUACAAUCAAAAAGAGUUCUUUAUUAAAAUCAGAAAGAGUUCUUAGUACCUGUGGCACCUCAUUCUCGUUAUGUUAGUUGUUUGUAGAAAGUUUUGUAACCUAAAUAUUUAGCCAAUAACUGUACAGUUUCUACCUGUUAGCAUUGGUUGUGAAUGUAGAGAGAAAAUUUCUGAAAAAUAUUGAAUAUUGUAUGCACUUUAAGCUGUGAUAACAAUAUUGCGGGCACAACCUCUGGACUGUAUUAAUUAUGUAUAUAAAACACUUGAUUUGUUAAUUUUUCCACUGGUAAUGGUGUGUAAGAAUUUUAUCCUUGAGGCAUUUUAUCUCAUAGUCUGGACUGAAAUAGUUGCUAGAGUGUGAUGCUUUGGAAGUUGAAUAGAUCUUUAAGGGAAGUCGGCGGGCUAAUAAUUGCUAGGAGCUUCAGCCUUCUAUAGCCAUGUUAUUUGUGCGUGGGUUCCCUCGUUUUGUACUAAAUUAUUUGUUAGUUUAGUUUGUAAGGUUUGUGUACUGAUCUUAACCCUGCAAAUCAGAGAAAACCUUCUCUAUGUUUCAUUUCUUCAUGAUACAAUUUGUCACCAUUUUCAUAAUUGAAGUGGGUAAAGACUGGUGAUACCUUAGCUCUACAAACUUAAAAUUAUAUUUUCAUAGCAAGUCACUUCUAUAUUUGUCAUUACCCUAAAAUUCCUGUGAUAUUCUGAAUAAAAUUCAUUAAACAUUA